ACACAAAUCAUUAAGUUCAGUGGCUUAGCAAAUCGCAAACAAAUCACACUUGUUGUGCAUCAAUCUUAAAGACAGACCACGAAACUUCGUUUAUUGUUGACGUUUUAGUAAUCUCCCGGCCAGAAAAAAAUUAGAUUAGAUAAAAAUGAGCGAACUUGCGUACCACUGGGAAGCACUGAGGAGGCAGCGUGUAAUUGAUAGAAAGCAUGCAGCAAUAAAACGAAUGGAAGAAGAGAAGGCGCAGCAAGAAAAAGCAAGAGCAGAAGAAGCGCACAGAAAUGCAUGCGAAUUAAAACAACAAGAAGAACGACAAAAGCGAGAGCUUUCAUUUCAAUUCAAAUCUGGAGACAAAGCAGUAUUAAAGAAAUCCUACAGAGAAAGAGAAAGGACAAUACAACGAUUGCAAGAAGAGCGCGAAUGGCAUAACGAAAUGAUUCAACAUUUGGAAAAGAGAGAAAGACAAGACAUAUAUACAGAUAUGAUGCGAGAUCAUAAGCAUAAAUCAAAGGUUCUACGUGACCACGGCAUCUACAGAGGCGACCCAAAGUUUUUUAUUGACCCCCAAUAUGCAUAGGCUUUCGGUACUGGACCGUUUUCUAAUCUUAGCUAAUUAGAUAAUGAUCGCUUUUAUUUAGAAUACAAUUACCUCGAUGUGAUUUAAUCCAAAUGCACUAAAUGGCACCAAUGCACUUGCGUUUUGUGGGGUGGGCAGGGUAUUAAUAUAAAGACCUAGGAUAAUACGAAAUGUAUAUACCAAAUAUUAUGGGGUUAGCAUCAUUACGAUGUUUGAAUACAUAUCCGGCAACAACAAUAUUAGACUAGAAAUAUUCAACGGAGAACAUACAAAGUUGCACUUUGUGCUGAUUUGGACAGUAAUAACUUAGGACCAAUAAUAAAUGUCUCAUCUAAUAUAUAAAAUAUAAUGCACGUAAUGAGUGUCUUUAAACAAUUUUAAUUUAACAAAUUUGCAUUUUAUUUUUUCUAUUAAAAUAGCUAAUAUUAAGAACGGUUAAAGAUACAUGUAUUAUUAAUCUAAAUUAUGGUGAUUAUUAUAAUUAAUUAAUCCACCAUCUUUAAAUUUUUGUUGUUUUCAUAUUUUAUUCAUGAUUUCUUUCUUCAUAUUCAUUAAAAAAAAAUAAUGCUAAUAAACUUUAAUAUGAAAGCACUGUUGUUUAUUUCUGCCGUUAAAUGAAAAUGAUAGGCCACAUGAGGAGUGAUAAUGACAUUGGCUUAGCGCAUGUGACGUGUGGGUGUCUGAGAUUGAUCAUUCUUCACAUACCAUUAAACAAAUACAAUACAGAUUCAGUUUUUAUUUGUGAUGAAUCUACCUCUAUUUUUGAUAAUUUCUGUAAAAAAUACAUCAUGGAUGCUUGGGAGAAACGCUCACAACUAAAAAAUUCACAUUAGUUUACUGUAAAUGUAUUGUUGCUUAUCAAAUUGUAUAAUGUUAAUUUUUUUUUUCCUACAAGUGGACUCUACAUCGUAGUCUGUAUUCCUUAAGUUUAGUAGGUCUACCUUGGUAUUAUCUUUUUGUUGUAAGACUUUUUCAUCUUUAGAUUUUAUAUUUUUAGGUUAGUUAUUUUAAGCAUUUACUUUACAAAUUACUGUUGACCUGUAAAGUAUUUCUGAGUAUGAAAUGUGAUCUCAUCUAAAUUUUUAUACAGUCGAUGUUAUCUAUUUUGUUUGUUAAAUUUUACCCUUUUUUUUUGUUUGUACGAACGCACCAAUUGAUAUUGAGUGCCACCGUUUCAAAGGUGUAUGUUCAAAUAAAUAAAUAAAUAAACUGUAGUAACUCUUGGGUACUGUGGCCAGGCCACUUGCUUAUCUUAAAUGAGCAUGAGUCACUGUAGGUCAGCGACAGUCGACAUUGUUUUAGAAUCAACUUUUGAUAAGGGAGAUGAUUGGAGACUAGCAAGCAUGGAGGUGUGUGUAGCUCCCUGUGUUGCAAUACUGUAUUUAGAUCCUGAGUUACCGUGAGUGUUUGUUCUUAACAUUUACCGUAAAUAAGACUUAAGUUAAUAAUGUAAUAACUAAUAAAAUAUAAUAAAUAUAGGCCGAUUUAAUUAGUAAUACUGUAAUAGUAUAAACUUAAUUUAAUAAUACAGGUAAUAUAAUCUCCAACUUUUAAGUUCGGUACCCCUAUCGUCCCCUCCCCAGAGCCAUUUUACCCAUUUCAUAAAAGGGACAGUUCAUGAUGACAGAUUAAAUGUACUGGAUUUAA